AUGAAACUAGUUGGUGAGUCCCAAAUCAGGACAAGCUCCCCCAUCUCAAAAGCAUUAUGUGCUAAUGACGGUUUUUCAGUGGUCAUUUUGCACCUGAUAGCAGCUCCAUACACAAAGGUUGAGGAGUCUUUCAAUAUACAAGCCACACAUGAUGUCUUAGUCUAUGGUGCACCUGGCUUCUUCACCUGGGGCUCUCUCCGCCCAGCCCUCACACAGAAGCUCUCCAGCUUUGACCAUGUCACUUUCUCUGGAGCUGUGCCAAGAACCUUUAUUGGGCCACUCAUUCUGGCAGAGUUCAGCCGAUACAUAAUCCCCAUCUUUGGGUUUGAAUAUGCUCAGCUCAUCGCGAGGGGCCUGCUGGGCCUGUUCAAUGCCUCAGCUCUUGUCUUCCUUAGGAAUCAAAUACACAAGGCGCAUGGCUCUACAGCUUCACAAUGGUAUGCUGCCCUGCAGGCAAGCCAGUUCCAUAUCAUGUUCUAUGCUUCUAGAACACUGCCAAACAUGUUUGCGUUUGGACUGACAACAUUUGCCUUUGGGCUCCUACUUCCUUCGAACAACCCAGCCAGGACCAACAAUAGGACCAAGCUGUCUUUGAUGCUGUUUGUCUUUUCUGCUGUGGUGUUCCGCUCAGAAGUUGCUCUCCUGCUGGCCUUCAAUGCAUUAUGGCUGCUCAUCAUCCCUCUCGCCUCCCUGAGCCAAAUUAUACCACCUUUCACGGUUUCUUUCAUACUGGCACUGGCUGUGUCCAUCCCUGUGGAUUCCUACUAUUGGCAGAAGCCACUUUGGCCAGAGUUAUGGGGAUUCUACUACAACGUGGUUCAGGGAUCCUCAUCAAACUGGGGAACCUCCCCGUGGUACUACUAUUUCACAUCAGCCUUGCCGAAGCUGCUGCUCAACCCGUUGGUGAUCCCCUUAAUAGCAGCAGCCUUCUACUUUCCAGCAUACAGCCGCAUGGCACAGCGUCUGGUCAUCCCCAAUCUCCUGUUUGUGGCUGUUUACUCCCUACAACCUCACAAAGAGGCCCGCUUCAUCUUUUAUGUGGUCCCACCCCUUACUGCAGCCGCUGCCCUCGGUGCCACCAGCCUCACAACUGCUUCAGCCCCGAAGAAAGACAAAGGGCAGUCGAAGGAAAACGGUGCCUUUCUCCAAACCUUUACUACGUUGACCCUCCUACUAUCCAUUCUCGCUACUUUCCUUGUCAGCAUAGGCAUGCUUUUCGCCUCCAGCUUGAACUAUCCUGGCGGCGAGGCCUUGACUGCCUUGAAUGCCCUCAUCCGCAGCGACCAGAACACCAUACCCUCGGCACUGGUCACGGUGCAUGCUGAUGUCCUAAGCUGCAUGACAGGCGUCACGCUCUUUGGUGUCGCCGGCGGAGACAAUGUUCCGACACGACACAAUUUCAUCAACGAGGGGGGUGUCGUGGUCGCCGAGACCAGUGGUGGUGACCAGGACAACAAGCCCGCGGCAUGGCUGGUGCUCGACAAAACAGAGGAUGAGACCGUGCUGAGCGACCCCAACUUCUGGCUGCGCUUUGACUACCUGCUCGUGGAGGACGAGUCGGCCGUCACGGCCGGCCAGUGGGAUACCAUCGCGGUGGUCGAAGGCCUCGCCGGCACCGAGGUCUUGAGACCUGGGACAGAGCCCAAGCAGAGCGAACCUGCAAACGUACGACGUGUUGGCAGAGGCGCGUUUUACACUGCGCUGCGAGACCGAGUCCGUCAGUGGACGGGCGGUUGGUGGGCCGGUCCCCGGCUGGCGCCCAAGAUCCGCAUCAUGAAGCGCGAGCCAAGCCCUGCGUCGUGA